AUGGACUUGCCAUCUUACAGAGCCUUUGAAGAGCUAAAGCUAUUCCAUUCAAUCGAUCGCACAAUAUACGUUCGACUGCUGGGUUUACGUUUUGAUCCUAACCAAUCUAAGCUUGUCAUAGCCUUUUGGUAUUUUCUGGACACACAAACUCACUACAAGUUUAUGGCGGCCACGUUAGCCUUACAUGACUCGGACCUGUAUGCUUUAGCAUGCGAGUCGAUUAUGUGCUUACACUAUCUGCGCUCAAAUUACACUGAUCCUCUGGCGUCGGAGGAAAUUGAUAGUCAGUUUCGAACACUGUGUCUUCUUCUACUUACCAAAAAUAUUCCACUCGAGUUUGUGUUUGAGAACAAGGAGAAGGCCCGGGAAGAGAUGAGGAGAUUUAUCGACCAUGUCUUCGACAGAGCUUUUUGGGAUAUAAUUAUAGUCCCAUCAUAUCCAUAUUUGGGUCAUAUACCCAGUGGUUUCCAGCAAACCAAUUUGUUGAAUGGUCCAAUGACUCCAAUAUUACAACAAGGGUUUCAGCAUAAUUAUUUACUUCAUCAGCAGGGUCAUAAUAUUUUUGAGGCUCAACCUCCUCUAUUACCACCCCAAGAAGCAUAUGAUGAUGUGCCUGAUCAGUAUCAACCUAAUGUUGACAACAAUGAUAGAACCUUAUCCUUGACAUUCUCAAAGGGUCAUCCUGUUUCAAAAGAAGAACUCAAAAGCUAUUUAAACAGCUUCAACAAUAUCUGGAUUAACUAUUUUAACUCAUCACGUAUAUGCACGAAAUUUGGAGAUUGUAUAGAGUCAGUCUUUAUGAAGAAGCCUGUUCAUCCAAUUGACCAAUCAUUGUUUGCUCAAGUUGUUGUUAAGUCUGCGUCAGACGCUACAAGACUUCUUGAUAAACCGGACCAUGAAGGCAAAGUCAAAUUCUCAGUUAAUGGGAAAGAUGUUAAAGCCAGGCGAUAUAAGCCAUGUCAGAAUAAGCAGGGACGGAACCAGUCACAAGACUCGAACGGCUCUAGCAGCCAACCCCAACAAAACAACCCGGAACGGCUAUGGACAAGAUAA